AUGCGUUUAGACUGUGAGAUCUUCCGCUACCUCAGCAAGGAGGACUUACGAGUCCUACAGGCUCUCGAGGUUGGCCAUAAGAACCACGAGCUGGUCCCGUUGCAGUUGGUGGAGAGCAUUGCUGGGCUCAAACGUGGAGGUUGCUUCAAGACUCUGCAGAAUCUACUCAAGCACAAGUUGGUGGCACACGACGGGAAGACCUACGAUGGCUACAAGCUCACUUACAACGGCUACGACUUUCUCGCCCUCAGGACUUUGAUGUCUCGUGGGAAUAUCGCUGGAGUUGGGCAGAGGGUAGGCGUUGGGAAGGAGAGUGAUAUACACGUUUGCACUGACGAUGAAGGUCGACAACUUGUUAUCAAGUUCCACCGUUUGGGUAGAGUGUCCUUCAAGACAGUAAAAGAGAACAGAGACUACCUACAGCAUCGGCAGUCUGCAAGCUGGAUGUACUUGGCUCGUCUAGCAGCUGCUAAGGAGUACGCCUACCUCACUGAGCUCUACAACGCCGGCUUCCCUGUACCAGAGCCUGUUGGUAGCAAUAGACAUGCUAUUGUGAUGGAGUACCUCGAUGACGCCACUCCCAUGUGUCAAAUAAGGAAGCUGGAAAAGCCAGAGAUACUUCUCGAACGAUGCAUGUCCCUGCUCCUCAGUAUAGCUCAAAGCGGUGUCAUUCAUGGUGACUUCAACGAGUUCAAUCUCUUAAUACGGACAGUACGAGUAAAUCCUCUCGAUGAGUCCAGUGAGGUAGAAGACUACGAGGUCUACGUCAUCGAUUUCCCUCAAGUCCUUUCUGUCGAAAAUCCCGACGCUAAACGUAUCUUUGAAAGAGAUGUCGAAUGCAUCGCGACCUACUUCGCCAAAAACCACAAAUAUAUGGUGGAUACAGUGCCGUCUUUCGAGGAGGACGUUUUGCCUGUUUACCGAGCCAAGACCAAAGUGGAGGGCAUAAACCUUGCUAGUGUCAUCACUGAAGGAGAAGAUAAGCUGCUUAUGGAUAGCUGCGCGGCAUUCGCGGGUCUCGACCAAGAGGAGUGUCCUGACCUCACCGAGGGAGACGACACCCUUGAUGACCUUCUGGCUGGGUUGGAGGCAGAUCCCAAAAGCUCCCCAACUGUGGAUGUUGAUGGUGAAGGAGCUGUUAGUGAUGGUCCGGAGUCUACGGCAUCGGAGUGGGAGGAUAGAGAAGAAAAGCGACGGGUGAUCAAAAGCCAGAAUCAUGUUCUACGAAAGCAAAGGCGAAAACCCCAGGGUAAGGACGUUCGGGCGAAGGUAAAUCGACAACUGCGGUCGAAGAAUAAGGCCAAGCCAAAUGUACAGAAGUCUCGGGAAGCUCGACAGAAUCAAAGGGAGAUCAAAGAGAACAGCUCUAUUGGAUCGUGGUUCUGAUCUCUGGUUGUCAUUCUCUCACGAUUGUGCA